GCAUUGGCGAAAUAAAUUCAGAGAAAAAGGUUGCUCGAGAGAGAGAGCUAGAAGAAAUCAGAGCGACUCGGAGGAACAGAAGAAGACAAAGAAAGCAAUUCUCUCUUACACUUUAGAGUUCUUUGCUUUCGAUUCCACAGAACCCUAAACUUUCUCUAUCUUCAUCCACAAGAAUGCCAGCUUCUGAAGAUAGAAGAGGGAAAUGGAAACGACGGAAGCGAGGUGGGUUAUCGGCGGCGAGGAAACCGAAACAAGAGGAGGAAGAUAUCGAGGAAGAAGACGAAGAGAACAACAACAAUCACAACAACGAAGAAGUUGAUGACGUUGAUAAUAAUGCCGAUGAGCUUCACCAGAACGGCGGCGCAACUCCCGAUCCGGGACACGGUAUUGGCGAAGUUGUUGAAGAUUCCGGUUCGCGCAUCUCUGAUUUCCCCUCGGUGGUUAAGCGUGUUGUGAUCCGUCCGCACGCGUCUGUAACGGCUGUUGUUGCUGCUGAGAGAGGUGGUUUGAUUGGGGAGACUAGAGGUCAAGGUUCGCUUCCGUCUCUGGAGAAUAUUUCGUAUGGGCAAUUGCAAGCGUUGUCUACUGUACCGGCUGAUGCUCUGUCCUUUGAUCUCGAGAGGAGUGAUGGAGCGUCUUCGGCUUAUGUUAUCUCUCCACCACCUAUUUUGGAAGGAGAAGGAGUUGCUAAACGGUUUGGGGAUCUGGUUCAUGUCUUGCCUAUGCAUUCAGAUUGGUUUGCACCAAACACAGUGGAUCGGCUUGAAAGGCAAGUGGUGCCACAAUUCUUCUCUGGAAAAUCGCCAAAUCAUACACCCGAAAGUUAUAUGGAAUUCAGGAACGCAAUUGUGUCAAAAUAUAUGCAGAACCCUGAACACGUGCCGUCUGCUGCUUUAACAUCUAUUGAUAGUUUGAUCAAAUUUGACAAGCCCAACUGUAGACACAAGGGGGCUGAAGUGUAUUCAUCCUUGUCAAGCUUGGAUGGUGACAUCCCUGACUUGGACAUCAGAAUUCGUGAACACCUUUGUGAUAAUCAUUGCAACCAUUGUUCUCGACCGCUUCCAACUGUGUACUUCCAAUCGCAAAAGAAGGGGGAUAUAGUCUUAUGUUCUGAUUGUUUUCACCAUGGAAGAUUUGUUGUUGGACAUUCUUGUCUUGACUUUGUAAGAGUGGAUCCAUCCAAAUUUUAUGGCGAUCAAGAUGGAGACAAUUGGAGUGAUCAGGAAACUCUCUUACUUCUUGAAGCUGUGGAACUCUACAAUGAAAAUUGGAUUCAGAUUGCAGAUCAUGUUGGUUCCAAAUCAAAAGCUCAGUGCAUUCUUCAUUUUCUUCGAUUACCUGUGGAGGAUGGUCUUUUGGAUAAUGUUGAGGUUCCAGGUGUAACUAAUUCGGAAAACCCUGCAAAUGGAUAUGACCACAAAGGAACAGAUUCAGAUGGAGAUAUACCCGGAUAUUCGGAGCAAGAUUCUGACACGGAGAUCAAGCUUCCUUUUGUGAAGUCUCCGAAUCCGGUUAUGGCAUUGGUUGCAUUUUUGGCAUCAGCUGUUGGACCUCGAGUUGCUGCGUCAUGUGCCCAUGAGUCCCUUGCGAUUUUAUCUGAGGAUGAUAGGAUGAAAUCUGAGGGUGUGCAAGGGAAAGAAGCUGGAGAAAAUCAGCAGCAAGAUGAAAACUCAGGAGCAGCUAAAACAUCGCUCCAAAACGGAGCAGAACCACAGACUCCACUGCCAGAGGAUAAGGUUAUGUUAGCAUUUAGAGCCGGUCUAUCAGCUGCAGCAACGAAAGCAAAAUUGUUUGCCGAUCAUGAAGAACGUGAGAUCCAAAGGCUUUCUGCAAAUAUUGUAAAUCACCAGCUGAAGAGGAUGGAGCUGAAGCUAAAGCAGUUUGCAGAAAUUGAAACAUUGUUGAUGAAAGAAUGCGAACAAGUAGAGAAAACACGUCAGAGAUUUGCUGCAGAACGAGUCCGUAUGCUCUCAGCAAGAUUUGGAUCACCUGGAGGAAUCCCUCCACAGACUAAUAAUAAUCUCCAAGGGAUGUCUCUGUCCACAGGUAGUAACAACAUCAAUACUCUCUUGCAGCAGCAACAACAAGUUUCAGCAACAACUCAGCCAAGCAUCAUCCCGGGAUUCAGCAACAACCCGCAAGUCCAUGCGCAGAUGCAGUUCAUGGCACGCCAACAACAACAGCAACAACAAGCUUUCUCGUUUGGCCCGAGAUUGCCUCUCAAUGCGAUACAGACGAAUGCAGGAUCAACGGCUUCACCAAAUGUCAUGUUUGGCAACAACCAACUUAAUAACCCUGCAGGUGCAGGAGGAGCAGCAUCCAUCAACCAACCCUCGUUUAGUCACCCGAUGGUUAGGUCUUCCACGGGUUCAGGCUCAGGGUCCGGUUUAGGCUUAAACUGAGACGUAUCUCUUUAGCUUUACGUAGCUUAUCAGUAUCCAUAUUUAUUUAUUUCGCCUUGUUAUUUGUUAUUGGCUUUGAGACAGACUGGUAGUGUUGUCCCUAAGUUAGUAGUGUCUUGUAGUAUCAAAAUCAUCCUCGUUGUGAAUUAAACAGUUACCAAUCUUAAUUCUGCUGUCUAGUCUAUGUCUCUCUUCCCAAAUAUUUUCUCACUACUACAAACAUUUCAGACAGUAGAAGUAA